CAAGAUAGCUAGCUUUACGCCGAGGAUGGAGAACUGACAGGGGAAGCUUCAUUUCACGAUUCAAACAUUUUUGAGACUGGGACAACUUAUAAUUAGUUGACAUGUCGCUGGUUGCAUCCUAGUGGCUUAUCUUCAGAUCGCCAUCUCAAUUUUGAUGGGAUCGGUGUUCGCUGCAAUUUCUGCUGUGCGUAUGCUAAUCGCUGUGGUCAAAUCGAAAGGCGGAGUUCUGCAGGUCAAAAAACGGGACAAGCGACCAUCAUGUUUGGAAGACCCGAGUCUAGGGGAACCACAAAUUAUAUACCUAGAGGAUGUCAAGCUGCAUUAUGUAGUCAGUGGUCCAGAGGAUAAACCAUUGAUGCUGUUCGUUCAUGGCUUUCCUGAGUUUUGGUAUUCCUGGAGACACCAGAUCAGGGAGUUUUCUUCUGAUUACAGGGUUGUUGCCGUGGAUCAGCGUGGUUACAACGAGUCAGAAGCACCUGAUGGCAUGAUGAAUUACUCAGUGCGCAAAUUGAUUAAAGACCUGAAACAGCUUAUCCCUGCUCUUGGCUAUGACAAAUGCGUGUUGGUGGGCCAUGACUGGGGUGGGGCUAUAGUCUGGAUGUUUGCCAUGAAAUACCCACAUUUGGUCGACAGACUCAUCGUGCUGAAUGGGCCCCAUCCUGGGAUGUUCGAAGAGUUUAUCAGGACAAGCUGGAAGCAGUUUAAAAUGUCCUGGUACAUCAGUUUCUUCCAAAUCCCCUUCAUCCCUGAAAUAUCAGGCUGGAUAAAUGAUUACAAAAUGCUUGAGGAGUGCUUUAACGGGAAGAAAAUGGGAAUUUGUAAUGGGAAAGUGUCACCUGAAGAUGUAGAGGCGUACAAGUAUGCGUUCUCUGGGAAAGGAGGGUUUUAUGGUCCCAUCAACUAUUAUCGUGCUGCCUUAUGGGACUCAAGGGAUCCCCUCCCCUACUGCCUGAUAGAGACACCCACCUUGGUAAUCUGGGGGGACAAAGAUGUGGCCCUGGACCCUCAGUUGGCUCAUGUACCCAAGAAAUAUGUGUCCAACUUAACAGUGGAACAUGUGGAAAAUGCCAGCCAUUGGGUUCAGGUGGACCAACCAGAUGUAGUCAACAAACACAUUAGAGAGUUCCUCAAGGGGAGUAAGCAAGAGUAGAUGCAAGGCAUAUAUAUGGUAGUAAAUGUAUGUACAUGUUAGCGUUGUUUCUGUGUGUGUUAAUGAAUAUACAUUGAAUUAUUUUUAUGGUAGAUGAUUGAUUGUAUUUGAACUUUAGUUCUCAUUCUUUUUCUUUGUUUUUUUUUUGUUUUUUUUUCAUUAUUGGUAUAGCCUGACUGUUCAUAGGCAAGGGGUAAAUAUACUGCAAAAUAAUUACAUAGAUACAUAUAGAAAUCAGACUUUCAGUUAUUCUGUCAUAGAAGUAAUGCAGAAUAUUUUGUGAGCAUAUGAUUCGAUGGGCAGUGAUCUAAGGAUGGAACAAUUCACAUAUCCAAGACAUGCCUUUCAUAAAGUACAUGUAUCUUAGAUUUUUUAAAAUAAACCAGGCAUUUGAAUUGCUUAUUUUUUCACAUAUUUCACCCUUUGUCUUAUUCUGCUCUGUAGAAUAAGACAAAAUAUGCAUUGAUUUGGACUGGAGGAAUCUUAAAUAUUAUGUCUAUAAUAUAGUUUUUAAAACUUAUGAUUCCAGUUAACAGACUGGCUCAAUAAUGAUAAAGGCUUUGCAUAAUAAUUUAUGAAUUUAUGAUAUAAAUAUUUAAAAAAUUACGUUGAUUGAUAAAGUAAUAUUUAUAUAUUUCAUGUAUAUGUACCUGAUGUACUUUAUGUGAUAUUAUAAGGACAUUCAUGAUUUUAUGCAUGAAGUGAAUGGAAUAAGUAUGUGAGAGUAUUUUCAUUUAUGACUUUGUAUUUUUACGAAUAUAUUAUAAUUUCUCAAUGGAUGGAGUUCCCCCUUGGGUCAUAUAUUACUGCCAAAAAUGACAGUUAUUCAUGUAAUAACGUAAUUUAGGAUCUUAAUGAAGAUUUACAAAGAUUUUCAUGAAAAAUACAUUUUAUUUGUGUGAAAUUUUUAAAUAAAUAUAUUGUAUCAAUAAUUUAGUCAGAUAUUUAACUCUCAGUUUUUGUUACUGAUUUAACGUACAAUCUGGCAAAAUUCUGACAUCUGCGGUUAAAAAAUAAGAGGUCAUAUCACAUUUCAAAUUCAAAAUCUUCAUACAAAAAUGAAGUUGAAAUUGGGUCUGUACAGAGGGCCCCUGGGCUUGAUCCAGGGGGGAUAACACCAGGCACUGGCCUAUGCUAAAUAUUCUAUAUGAAUUGUGGGCGCAAUUUGUACUGCAAAAGUUAUCUCCCUUUUAUCGUACGGUAAUUCUGCUGUUGCUUGUCGUGGAAUUGCACGGACGUCCCUGUGUUUUAUUUAUUUAUAUAUUUGAUUUGUGUUUUAUGCCGUACUCAGGAAUAUUUCACAUACGACGGCGACCAGCACUGUGAUGGGAGGAA